UUAUUAGUGCUGGCUGAUCCUUUAAAUUCCCUGGAUAUGAUUCGAUAUCCGAACUCAUUUAUAAAAAUUCCUUCAUUAGUCUACAUACAUACUCUAUUUUUUAUCAAUAUCCAUCCAUCUAGAGAUCGAUUUAGGAGGGUCAUACACGAAUCUAAAUCAUUAUCUCGGAUAAUAUCAUCUCGGUAAUCGGAAUUUUUCUUCAGCAAUCUUCUCAAUCCAAUUUCUAUUUCCAAUCAUAUUCAUUCUUUUAUAUUUUUUAAUUAUUUCUCCCAUUUCUAAGAAAUUUUGAAUUAUUUUUUUCGACAAAAUUAUAGACAAAUUUAAUUAUUUUUUAUUUUUUAGACACACAUAGAUAAUUUGCUUUCAUUUAAUAAUUAAAAAAUAUUUUUUUAAAAAAAUCCUUCCAUAAAAAUACAACAUUAAAUUAGUAAAAAAUAUGCCACCUUUAUCAUUCCGUGUAAAUGAACAUUAUGCCCAAUUAUCUGAAAUAAUUCCUGGUUUAUUCAUUUGUGGUGUUAAUGGGCUUACAGCAGCGAAUAUUUGUGUUUUUCGAAUUCAAUUAGUUGUUAACUGUACACGAGAGGUUCCGAACCUUAAAUGUUUGGGGCAAGUACCAAGAAUGAAAUUGUGGGUUGAGGAUACUCCUGAAGAGGAUUUAUUUGCUCAUUUUGAUUUGGUUGCUGAUCAGAUGCAUGCCAUUAUUCGUGAUGGUGGCGCCGUUCUUGUCCAUUGUGUUGCGGGUGUUAGCCGUUCAGCAAGUAUUUGUCUUGCCUAUUUGCUCAAAUAUCGAACUCGGUCAUUACGUGCUGCUUAUCAUUUAAUGUGUGAAAAACGGCCUUUAGUUAGACCAAAUAUUGGAUUUUGGAGGCAAUUAAUUCGUUAUGAACAGUUAAUCAAAGGUAAUAUCGGCUCAGUGCGAAUUGUGAGAGAUGAGGCACAGCCUGAUAAAUUACUUCCUGAUGUUUACCUCAAAUCUGUCAUUCCUGAUAAAUAUAGCCGUCCAUUGUCUCCCACAACUGUUGGAGAGGAUUCUUCAGUUCAUCAUUUAAAGCCUAUGGCCGAUGAAAGUUAUUUGUCUGGACAUACUUCUGGUUGGCAUCGUCGUCGUUCUUCUUCUGGAGGUUCAGAUCGUGUUCGCUUUGUUCCAGUUUUGGAGCCUUUGGCUGAACUUGCCGAAGCUGCAGGAUAA